GUUAGUACAUUAGUGGAGUUUGACUGCGAAGGUUGUGAUAAUAAUGGCAAUGAAAGUUUUGGCCCUCUUGGCGCUUUUAUGCGUAGCUCAUGAGUUCGUUGCGGCGGGCCCAUAUGAAGGCUACAAAUUAUACGAAAUUGCAACGGAGACGAUUGCUCAACGAAAUGCACUACUCGCGCUUGCCCAGGAGGAUGCCGAUAAAUAUGACUUCCUCUCGCUGAGUCGUUUGCACACGCAAAAAGCUCGUGUGCUUGUAGCGCCUGCACAUGAUGAGAGUUUCCAAGCUGAGCUGCGCAAUAAAAAAAUACCAUUUGAAUUGAAAAACACCAAUUUCGGACGUACCAUUCAAACUGAAGUGCUGCAGAACCGUAUGCUACGUCAGGCGAGGCCAUACAACGGCACCGGUCGUCUGGGUACCGAACGUUACUACUCACAUGAAGAGAUCAAUGCUUACUUGGACGAUUUGGCGGCACGUUAUCCCACACGCGUAUACGUACGAAUUGUGGGUAAGACCUAUGAGGGACGCAUACUGAAAACGAUUACCAUUACCAAUGGCGAUGGUAUUACCGGCAAAAAUGUGAUCUUCAUGGAUGGCGCCUUUCAUGCUCGCGAAUGGAUCUCACCGGCUACUGUAGUUUAUGCUAUUGGUGAAUUGGUUGAGAAUUUCGAAGCAAAUGCUGAAUUACUGCAAGAUUACGAUUGGGUUAUAUUACCGGUGGUGAAUGCUGAUGGCUAUGAGUACACACAGUCGUCGAGUUCUCUUCGUUUAUGGCGUAAGACACGUCAGCCGGUGACAGUAAAUGGAGUCACAUGCUAUGGUACCGAUCCAAACCGUAACUUCGGCUUCCAUUGGAUGGGCAAAGGUGCAUCUUCGAAUCCUUGCUCGGAAGUUUAUGCUGGUCCGAGUGCAUUCUCAGAACCGGAAGCGGUUGUCGUGCGUGAUAUUAUGCACACGCUGAGCGGACGUGGUAUUAUGUAUUUGACUAUACACUCAUUCGGCAAUGCUCUCUUCUAUCCAUGGGGCUGGGGACCUGAGUUACCCGACACUUGGGAGGACCUAGACGAGGUGGCAACGGCCGGCGCCGAUGCUAUACGUGACUAUAGCGGCACCGAAUAUGAGGUAGGCUCCUCAACAGCACUUUAUGGUGAAGCUGCUGGAGCCAGCGAUGAUUAUGCUUUCAGCGAAGGUUUUACGCUAGCCUAUACUAUGGAGUUACCGGAUGGUGGUGAUAGCGGUUUCGAUCCUCCACCAUCGGAUAUUGAUCGGUUGGUGAAAGAGACUUGGACGGGCAUACGUGCGAUGGGUAAGAAGAUAACAACCAAGUAUCCAUUACCAGUGACCAAAACACUUUCGUAAUUUUAUACAUGUCGCGCGAUACAACGCAUUGCCGUCAAAAAAAAUUAUAAUAAUAAAAGACAUGGGAAUUUACCGUAAUAAAAUGAUUUGGAUUUGCAAACUUUUGAAAUUCUUA